UCGUGCUUUGCUCCCUCCCUUUCCUCCAAAGACACACGAACGGGAGUAACACCGGCAUCUUUAACUGCUAUCACACUGUCACAGGAGAAGAAACAUCAGAUCAAGCCAUAGUAAAUCGGUGUAACGGGAAAAAACGGCGGAAUCCGGUAUCUAGCAGGUGAAUGGACUGAUCCCAAAAUCAAGUCUCAGAGAAAACAAGCACUCUAACACCUUCAACAUACACACACAAGCACACACACUGAAGACGAACAGGGACUCAGAUAAAUGGCUGAUAAACAGAUCAGUUUGCCUGCCAAGCUAAUAAACGGCGGUGUGGCCGGACUGAUCGGUGUUACCUGUGUGUUCCCCAUUGAUUUGGCCAAGACUCGCCUUCAAAACCAGCAGAAUGGAUGCCGCCUCUAUUCCAGCAUGUCAGACUGCCUUAUUAAGACCAUUCGGUCAGAAGGAUACUUCGGGAUGUACAGAGGUGCAGCGGUGAAUUUAACUCUCGUCACUCCGGAAAAAGCCAUCAAGUUGGCGGCAAAUGAUUUUUUCAGAUUUCACCUCUCUAAGGAUGGUCAGAAACUCACUUUAUUGCGAGAGAUGUUGGCCGGUUGUGGUGCAGGUACAUGUCAGGUCAUUGUUACAACACCAAUGGAGAUGCUAAAGAUUCAGCUGCAAGAUGCCGGAAGAAUUGCGGCCCAAAGGAAGCUCAUGCCUGAGACAGUGACCCCUGGAGUCUCCGUGGAGGUGAAAUCCCCCACAGCUAUGCAACUCACCAGAGAAUUACUGAAGGAAAAGGGCAUCGCAGGUCUUUAUAAGGGCUUGGGAGCCACUCUGCUCAGGGAUGUGCCGUUUUCUAUCAUUUAUUUCCCUCUGUUUGCUAAUCUGAAUAAUCUGGGGAAGAAAGGAGCCGACGGUCCUGCCCCAUUCUACGUCUCUUUCUUAUCUGGCUGCGCCGCGGGAAGCACGGCCGCAGUUGCUGUCAACCCUGUAGAUGUGAUAAAGACUAGGCUACAGUCACUAACACGAGGCAGUCAAGAGGACAGCUACACUGGGGUGAUGGACUGUAUCAGGAAAAUAUUACGUAACGAAGGUCCCACUGCUUUCCUGAAGGGGGCGUAUUGUCGAGCUCUCGUCAUAGCCCCGCUCUUUGGCAUCGCACAGGAGGAAAAGUGCAAUAACGCACUUUUAAGUACUCACACAAUACACAGAAUGCACAACAAGGCCCUUCUGGAAAACAACAUAAAUCUGUACGUCAAGGCAGUGUGAGUGUUGUGACAUGUGAGACUGAAAUAUGACAACUGUUUUAGUCAUUGCUGCAAAAACUGAAGACACAUUGAUCAUGCAUUCCUUGUCACAGAUUGUUGUUCAAUAAAAAUCAAUUUGUUCA